CACCUAAUUGGCGGAUAAAUCCAAUGGGCGGAGCUUCGCCGCUCGCCUAUUUAACGCUUUGUUCCAUUAUUGCUGCUAGUGGUCUGCCACAGAUUCCGACUGACAGCUGACGUCACUUUUUUUGCACUUAACCCUCAUUUCAUCUGCUCUUUUGUUUGAAAAUGUCUUGCGCUCAUUCCCUGGACGGGAGCUUCCCACCUUCCCCGGCCGACGACGACGACGGCGGCUCCAAGCGGUUGUCCUGGGGCAGGCUCAAGGGGCUCGCGCACAGGCACCACGACAAUGCUGACACCGGUUCCGUAGCAGACAUGUCCACGUGUAAUUCAGAGAGCAGCUUGUUCUGUUACCCCUCCGAGGAGACCCUGGCCGCAGAGCUGGUGGCCACCAUGGAAGAAUCUCUCCACGGCGCCGCGCAGCUCCUGGGCUGCUCCCGUCUCCUCGUGCCCGACUCCCUGCUGGACCACGUGGGCCAGGAGCUGGUGCACCUGGCGGGCAGCGAGCCGUGCGGCCUGCGGGGGGCGCUGGUGGAGCUGUGCGUGGACAGGGGCGAGCCGUGGUCGCCGUGCAGCGUGGGCGAGAUCGCCGUGGUCGGCGCGCUGGUGCCCACUUUCCACGUGACCCUGGUGCUCAGAGCCGGGGCGGGCGGAUUGUGGCCCGAGGUCCGGAGGUUCUUCAUCGGCAGCCGGUCCCGGCGGACGUGCGAGACGGCCGCGAGGCACCGACGCUCUCUAAGACUGAGGUCUGGCUUCAGGGCCGUGAAGAGGAAGUUGUACUGCUCAGGGGAGCUGCUCAUUGAAGAGUGCUCCUGACCUAAGCGCUCCUUGACUAGAACGUCUCAAAUGAACAUGCCAAAUGACACGAAGGGCUCGGUUU